CACAUAGUUUAUUAAAUAAUAAACAUUGUGAUUGUGAUGAGAUGAUGAGAUGAAUAUCAAUAUCAGCUCAAUGUAAAAUUUUCUGUCGAAAUGGCUUAUGAAGGGAAUGGAAAUAGUGCCGAAUUAUCAGUAAUUUUCGAGAGCUUACAAAGUGAUUUCAAGACUUUGUCUGGGGAAUCCAAAAAGAAGUAUCCACAGGUUAAGGAGGCCUGUGAGGAAGCUAUAGCAAAGUUAAAAGGCGCCCAGUCUUCACAGCAAAUUUCAGCCAAUUAUGUAGUCAACCAAAUAAUAUAUCCCCUAUCACAAGGUUGUGAAACUAAAGAUGUUAAACUCAUAAGGUUAUGCCUCCAGAUAAUGCAAAAACUGAUAAAAAAUCAGGUUGUGGAUCAAAAAGGAGCACUUUAUAUUACAGAUACAUUAUGGUCAUUAAUGGAACUAGGUAUUGAAGAAGUCAAGAUAUUACAGACUGUUACUUUAUUAUUAACCACAAAUACAGUUGUACAUGGUGAAACUUUAGCAAGAACAUUGGUAUUAUGUUUUCGCCUUCAUUUUACAAAGAAUUCUACCACAAUAAAUACAGCUGGGGCAACAGUACGACAGUUGGUUUAUCUUGUAUUUGAAAGGGUUGUGGCAGAAGAAGAGCAGCUGAAAAAAUCUGAGAAAUAUACUCAGCGGGGGCCUGUGAAUACAGAGGAAUUGAAAAUUCCAAGCAGUGUUCCACCAAAAGGUUUACCUCCAUGUGCCGGAGAUGCUUUUCUACUGUUCCACGAUCUGGUCCAGUUGGUCAAUGCUGACCAACCAUACUGGCUCAUUGGCAUGACAGAAAUGACCAGAACAUUUGGCCUAGAAUUAUUAGAAUCAGUAUUAACGCAGUUUUCAUCCGUAUUCCAUAAGAAUGCUGAAUUCAGUUUUCUUCUGAAAGAACGAGUGUGUGCCCUAGUCAUUAAAUUGUUUUCGCCAAAUAUCAAAUACAGAAGUAACCUACCUAGUAAUACUCAUCAGGCGACGCCGUUUGAAAAACCGUAUUUUCCUAUCAGUAUGAGACUGUUGAGGGUUGUCUCGAUUCUCAUCCAAAAAUAUCAUGAACUUCUGGUGACAGAAUGCGAGAUAUUCCUGUCGUUGAUCGUGAAAUUCUUGGAUCCAGACAAGCCCACUUGGCAGCGAUCGCUCGCCCUGGAAGUCCUGCACAAAAUGACUGUCCAGCCGGAACUGCUUAGGUCGUUCUGCGAAUGCUACGAUUUGAAUGCCCACACGACCAGCAUCUUCCAGGACAUGGUGAAUUCGCUGGGGGCCUACGUCCAGUCACUGUUCGUCAAUCCCCAGUUACAGAUGGGAAUAGGGAUUCCAGCUAUGCAAGGACAACCACCUGUCCAUUUGGCAGGGCUGUCUGCUGGUCCGGGGAUCUCUGCUCAAUCUGGAUUCCUUUUGAGAGGUGUCUGGUUACCCAUCGUAGUCACAUUUCCAACUGGACAAGCCAAGUCGACAUACCUGGAGAUGCUGGACAAAGUGGAGCCGCCCACGGUGCCCGACGGCUACGGCAUCUCGGUGGCGUACGCAUGCCUCGUCGAGACCAUCCGCUCGCUGCAGAUCGUCAUCACGCCGCAGCGGCCGCCCGACGGGCAGGAAGGGGAGGGAGAGGGGGUGGAGGAAACGGAGAAGGGGGAGGCGGAUAGGGAGGUCGACCGGCAGCUGGUCAACUCGAGCUGGUGCGGGCUGCUGGCCGCUUUGGCGCCUCUGGUGGAGGCUAGCACCGAGGAAGCUGUCACCGAAAAUGUCCUGAAGGCCAUCCAGACUUACACUUCGCUCUGCGGGGUGUUGGAUUUGCAGAUGCCGAGAGAUGCGUUCAUAACGGCCAUUUGCAAGUCAUCGUUGCCGCCACAUUACGCCCUCAGCGUGCUGAAUUCUGUCACCUCGGGAAUCAAUCUAAGACAGGGUCACCGCGACAGUCAGGACUUGGGCGUCUCCCUGACGCUGUCGUACGGCGACACCGACUACCGACAGCAGGUGGUCGCCGUCGGCACGCCACUGCCGACGACCGGCGCGCCUGCAGGAGCGCACCAGGGCCCCGUCAUGCUCACCGCGAAGAACCUGCAGGCGAUGCGCGCGCUGCUCAGUCUGGCGCACUGCCACGGCGGGAUCCUGGGCAGCUCGUGGCACCUGGUGCUGACGACGCUGCAGCAUCUGGUGUGGAUUUUGGGCUUGAAACCGUCGACCGGCGGCAGCCUGAAAGCCGUCCGCCCCGCCUCCGACACGAACGCCGUCAUCACCAGCUCCGUGAUGGACAACCUGCCCGUCCUCUCGACCAUGCUGAGCAAGCUGUUCGAGUCGAGCCGCUACCUGGACGACGUCGCGCUGCACCAUCUGAUCAGCGCCCUCUGCAAGCUGUCGCAGGAAGCGAUGGAACUCGCGUACGCCAAUCGGGAGCCUUCCCUGUUCGCGGUUGCCAAGUUGCUGGAGACCGGCCUGGUAAACAUGCCUAGGAUCGAGGUGCUGUGGCGGCCGCUGACCAAUCACCUGCUGGAGGUGUGCCACCAUCCGCACAUCAGGAUGCGCGGCUGGGGAGUGGAGGCGAUCACUUAUUUGGUGAAGGCCGCUUUGAACUUCAACCACGCCGUGCCGCUGCGCGAGAACCAGAAGAUGCAGACGCUCCUGCUGGGGCCGCUGUACGAGCUGUCGUCGGUGCUGCACGGCGACGUCAGACAGAAGCAGCUCGAGUGCGUCCUGCAGAUUCUGCACACGAACGGGGAGACCCUGUCGCACGGCUGGCCGCUCAUCCUCGGCAUCAUCGGGGCGGUCAACGAUCAGCACGGGGAACAUCUAGUGAAAAUUGCAUUCCAAUGCCUUCAGUUAGUCAUAACGGACUUUUUGCCUCUCAUGCCUUGGAGGUGUUUGCCAUUGUGCGUCGACACCGUUGCCAAAUUCGGAUCCCAAACGCAGGAACUCAAUAUUUCUUUGACUGCAGUAGGACUGAUGUGGAACAUAUCCGAUUACUUCUACCAAAACCAAGGCAAACUGAACCAGGCUACUACCGAGGACAACGCGGUGUUGCCGGACUUCCCCGGCACGCUGAACGUCUCGAGCUUCGACAAACUCUGGAUGUGCCUGUACGCCCGCUUAGGCGAGCUCUGCGUCGACAGCCGCCCGGCCGUAAGGAAAUCCUCCGGGCAGACGCUGUUCUCCACCAUCGCCGCCCACGGGGGGCUGCUGAGGCCGCCCACCUGGCAGAUUAUAUUGUGGCAGGUGCUGUUCCCGCUGCUGGACAAGGUCAGGAGCCUGUCGAAUUCGGCCAGCAGCGAGAAGUUCGAUACCGGCGGGAAUAUUCUGAUACACCAUACGAGGAAUACGGCGCAGAAGCAAUGGGCGGAGACUCAGGUUCUCACGUUAUCUGGCGUGGCCAGAGUCUUCAACACCAAGAGGCAGCUACUAGCCCUGGGAGACUUCCCCAGAGCCUGGUCCAUACUACUAGAAUUCAUCGAGAACGCAGCCCUGAGCAGAAACAACGAAGUCUCCAUAGCAGCCCUAAAAUCGUUCCAAGAAAUCCUCUUCCUGAGCAAAAACCAAACGCCCGAAGACAAAACAGUGCUCGAAAACCGGGAAAUAUGGGCGGUAGCUUGGAAAAUCUGGGUGAAAAUCGGAGUGGAGAUGACCGAUGGCCAAGAACAAGAAGAGCUCUAUCUGCCUAGCCAAACUUUCCUGACGACGCUCGUGCAAAUAUUCCCGUACGUUUUUCAGAACGUGAAGAACGAUUUCACGUUGGAGGAUCUGCGAAAGUUCGGUACGGUGUUAACCAACGCGGUCAGCGUUCCUGUCUUAGGGGAAACCACGCCUCCCUACGUGAUAUCCGCCUCCUCCGAUUUGAGUUUAACCCCGUUGCACGACGGCGUGCUGCACGCCGUGGAACUGGUGCAGAAAGAAGCGAUGUCGAGGAACGAAUCCAGAAUGCUGCCCGACAUCUUUCGGAUACUGUUGACGUUUGCACAGUAUACCUGCCAGCCCCCCGUGGUCGGCAAGCACGCCAAAACGGCCGACUGGGUGGUGCUGAACUACGUGCCGUUCGGCGAGAAGGCUGUGGGCAUGGUCGCGAAGCUGUACGAGCGCACGGCGGAGAUACCCGAGGUGAUCGAAGCGGGGGUGCUGGAGGAGAUCGUGCGCACCCUGCGCACGCCGCUGGCGCUCAAGUACAACUGCGUGUCGGCGAGUGUGUGGAAGUUGGCGGCCGGGAGUCUGAUGGCGGUGUUGCGGUGUGGGUUGAAGGUGGCCAGAGCGCAGACGGGGCGGUUCGGGUCGAUGUGGGACGAGCUGUACGGCACGUUGAACGACUUCCUCUUUCCUAGCACUUGCGCUCCUGGGGACAAAGGCUUGGACGAUCUAGUCACUGACGAGGCGAUGGACUGCCAAUUCAUCGAACUGCUCAGGACCGAGGUGUUGCCCCACUCCAAACACAUCCCUGACGAGUUCAUCAUGCAAGUGGUCAUCUUGCUCAACAAGGGCUCGAUCCACUCGGCGACCAACGUGCAAACGGACGGCGACACCGAGAUCACGUUGCGCGAAGAAUUCGCGAAGACCUGUUUCGAGACGCUGCUGCAGUUCUCGCUGGUCGACGAGGAGACCGGCGAGCGGGAGCGCAGGGAGGGGGAGCGCCGGGAGGGGAGGGAGCUACGGGAGGGGAGGGACGGGGACAUGGCGGGCCACUUGGCGGUCACGUCGCUGCUGCACCGGUUCCAGGAGGUGCUCGGGAAGUACAUCGAGGACGAGAAGCUGAGCGGGAAGUGUCCGUUGCCCAGGUAUCGACUGUCAGAGAUCUCAUUUGUUCUAAAAGCUUUAACAACAUUGAUUAUAUCUAUGAAAAAAUCAACAGCUGUGAAAGAAGACAAUAAGGCAUGGGAACAGCUAAUUAGUCUUUACCCGUAUUUAGUUGAAUGCACGACAACGAGCUCUAUGCAAGUGUCUCGGCCGCUCAAAGAAGCUCUGCUACAAUUCUGUGAUCUACUGCAACCACCGCAUAAUAAGAAUAAUAAUAAUGUUAUAAGACUUACAGAUUCCUUAAUAUAAUAAACCUUAUUUAUUCAUUUUAGUACCUGUUAUGAAUUGUCAUAUCUCUGUAUAUCCAGAUUUUACAUUUUAAUAAUAUAUCUUUCAGUUAGACUGCCAA